UCCCCAAAUCCCACGGUCAAAAAAAAUCAGGUUAUCCAUGGGGAAUUAAGGGAGAGAGCGGGGGGCAGCCAGCAGCAAGGACCCACCAAAGCGUGCUGCCAGCUUGGGGCAUCCCAGAGUCAGGGUGUGGGGUACCUGGCUCACGUCUUUUGGAAUUUCUGGUUCACCCUCCAGUGCCCACCUCGUCCCCGAGGUGUGCGUGUUAUCUCCUUGAAGAGCUGGAAAAGCCUGGGGACCUAGAGGAGCUUGUGGAGUUAUUGGAGGAGGAGGAGGAGAACGAAGCCAUGGGGAGCGGGGCCAGUGCUGAGGACAAGGAAAUGGCCAAGAGGUCCAAGGAGCUGGAGAAGAAGCUCCAGGAGGAUGCGGAUAAGGAGGCCAAGACAGUCAAGUUGCUGCUGCUUGGGGCUGGAGAGUCAGGGAAGAGCACCAUCGUGAAGCAGAUGAAGAUCAUCCACCAGGACGGUUACACGGAGGAGGAGUGCAUGGAGUUCAAGUCCAUCAUCUACGGGAACAUCCUCCAGUCCAUCCUGGCCAUCAUCCGCGCCAUGUCCACACUGGGCAUCGACUACGCCGAGUCCUCCUGCGCGGAUGAAGGCCGGCUGCUCUUCAACCUGGCUGACUCCAUCGAGGAGGGCACGAUGCCCCCCGAGCUGGUCGCCUGCAUCAAGAAGCUGUGGAAGGAUGGGGGUGUUCAGGCGUGUUUUGACCGUGCUGCCGAGUAUCAGCUCAACGACUCAGCCGCGUAUUACCUGAACCAGCUGGACAGGAUCACAGCCCCCAACUACCUCCCCAACGAGCAGGAUGUGUUGCGAUCUCGAGUGAAGACCACAGGGAUCAUCGAGACCAAGUUCUCUGUCAAAGACCUGAAUUUCAGGAUGUUCGACGUGGGAGGGCAGCGCUCAGAGAGGAAGAAGUGGAUCCACUGCUUUGAGGGGGUGACCUGCAUCAUCUUCUGCGGGGCCCUGAGCGCCUACGACAUGGUGCUGGUGGAGGACGAUGAAGUGAACCGGAUGCACGAAUCCCUGCACCUAUUCAACAGUAUAUGCAACCACAAGUUCUUUGCUGCCACGUCCAUCAUCCUCUUCCUCAACAAGAAGGACCUUUUUGAGGAAAAGAUUAAGAAAGUCCAUCUCAGCAUCUGCUUCCCAGAGUAUGAUGGUCCAAACACAUUUGAGGAUGCAGGGAAUUACAUCAAGACCCAAUUCCUGGAUCUCAACAUGCGGAAGGACGUGAAGGAGAUCUACAGCCACAUGACCUGUGCCACAGACACGCAGAACGUCAAGUUUGUCUUCGACGCUGUCACAGACGUGAUCAUCAAAGAGAACCUCAAGGACUGCGGCCUCUUCUGAGCACCAGCAGAAGAAGAAAACAUUCCCGUCUCACCGUUCUGCUGAGCAGAGCCAAAGGAAGAACCAACCCCCACCACACGUCACUCGCUCCCACUUUUUCUAUGACCUGCCCAAAUCCGCCUCCUUCCAAACCCAAACUAGGAAGGGGCUGAAGCUCAACUUCCUGCUCCCUUUCAUGGCCAUUUCCUCUUUUUUCUCCAAGGAAGAGCCCCCGUUCUCAGCGUUUUACAGGAGGCUUGACAGCAGAGAGCACAGGCAGGCAUAGGAAUAUUGAGGGAAUUUGGGAGGUAGGAUAGACAUUGCCUGUCCCUCUGCAGCCCAUUCCUGCCCUUGGAUCAAAGCUGGAUUAAUCCAGGAUGGAAUUUCUGAGGAAGGUGGAGGCUGCGUCACCUCCGAGACGCUCCUGGGAACCAACCUCAGCCCUUCCUGGGAACCAACAUCAGCCCUUGGGCAGGACAAAUCAGGGGUCUGUGGGGUUGUUUUGGGCCCUAAAGGGAGGGAAUUUCUCAGGCAGGAGGGGCUGGGGAAGGGAAUCCCAACUCCAGCCCAGGAAUGGGCUGGAUAAAGAGGAAAUGGUUACUUGAAAGAUUUUCAUUCUGCUACUUAGAGCUGCAUUUGCUCUGUCUGUUUGUAAAUAAUCCAUAGAUGAGCCCUGUAUCCAUCCUCUCCCUGUUUCCUGCAGAGAUCUCCUGUCCAGCUUCAUUUAACUGUAGGAAAACACAAUAAAGGAAUACGCAUGA